AUGUUUUCUGCAGCUUCAGUCAGAGGAGCAAGACACAGCUCAUUCUGGCUAUGCUUAGUUGAACAUGUUCCGACCAUUGCAUAUUUUCCAUCUUUUACUCUUUAUUCCAUACAUCCAAGACAUCUUUCUAAAUUACCCCCUCCUGUACGUUCUCCAUCAGCUUUUGUUUCACACCUGGGAUCAAGUGUCAUUGGAAGCCAAGGUAGUCAGCCAAACCGCCUACCUUCCAGAUACACAAGUAAUUCAUCAUCAGUUGAACUCAAGACCCUAAAUGAUGUUGUACGGUUCUCUCUGUAUAAUCCUGCCGAUAUUAGGUCUGGAAUCAAGAGCCAGAAUCAAAAUAUGAAAAAAUCUAAAAGGGCCAAAGUGAAUGAGCUCAAAUUCUAUCGUUUGAAGGCAAAACAAAAGAUGUAUUCUCCUAAUCCACAAGUUAGAAUUCGCUAUAAGCUUGAAAAGGCCAAGCGAAAGGAAACAUGGUUGAUUGAAAAGCUUAGGAAAUUUGAUGUUCCGAAGCUCCCAGCAGAAACAUUUGAUCCUGAAAUUUUAACCGAGGAGGAGAGGCAUUACCUGAAGCGCACUGGAGAGAAAAAGAAACACUAUGUUCCAGUUGGGAGACGAGGAGUGUUUGGUGGGGUAGUUCUAAACAUGCAUCUUCACUGGAAGAAUCAUGAGACGGUGAAGGUUAUAUGCAAGCCCUGCAAACCGGGUCAAGCUCAGGAAUAUGCUCAAGAGCUGGCUCGACUGAGCAAAGGCAUUGUGAUUGACAUCAAACCUAAUAAUAUUAUCAUUUUUUACCGAGGAAAGAACUAUGUACAACCCAAAGUGAUGUCACCGGCAGAUACAUUAUCAAAAUCAAAGGCCUUGGAGAAAUAUCGAUAUGAGCAGUCCCUUGAGCAUACUAGCCAGUUCAUUGAAAAGUUGGAGAAAGAGCUUGAAGAGUAUCAUGAGCACGUUGCAAAGUUUAAAAAAGGGAAAGAGGAUACAACUUAA